AUGGCUUUAUUAACAGAUAUAUCGCCGCAAAGAUUUGCUAUCGAACCGAGCGAUAAGACAGCUAUAGUGGGCGAUACAGUAAUCUUACCAUGUAGAGUCGAUCAUAAACUGGGUACUUUACAAUGGACGAGAGAUGGGUUUGGUUUGGGAACUGAGAGGAAUCUCAUGGGUUUCCCGCGAUAUCACAUGAUUGGAACGGAUGACGAGGGCGAUUAUUCUCUGCAAAUAAACUCAGUUCUACUCGAAGACGACGCUGUGUUUCAAUGUCAAGUCGGGGCCUCCGAUGGGGUGCGAGGUAUCAGAUCCCGGAGCGCAUCGUUCACAGUGUUUGCACCGCCGGAACUGCCGGUCAUAGUCCAGGCCAGAGCUCAGGGCGAUUACCUCCGGACCACUGCCGGCAUGAAUAUAGAGCUGACGUGUGAAGCGCACGGAGGGAAACCUCCCGCAGAGCUAACAUGGCUGGACGGGGAGGGAAACGCUGUUCAGACGGGUAUCUCAUAUACGACCCAAUUAUUAAGUGAUGGGAAGCGUUGGAACGCAGCCCUCAAGUGGACAUUCAUAGCCACCAAAGACUUUGACGGCAAACAACUGACGUGUCGUUCAGAAAACGCGGCACUAAAACAGCCUAAAUAUACAGACAUUAAGGUUGAGGUGAAAUACGCGCCCGAAGUGCACAUCAGAGCCGACACUAUUCAACAACAGAUCGGCGAAGACAUUGUCCUCUACUGUGAGGCGAACGGAAACCCCAAUCAAGUGGUGUAUAAGUGGUUCCGAAACGAAGAACAGGUGACCGGAGAUCACGGCUCGCGUCUAGUCCUCAAUAAAGUCACUAAAGAUAUGAACGGAAUUGUCAUGAGUUGUGAGGCGUCUAACAGUGUGGGCACCGGUCGGGGAAAGUGGACACUCGAUGUGGUGUACGGACCGUACUUUAGGACACCUUUGGACCCAUUCAUCGGCGCAGAGACGGCACAGGACUUGACCCUCAAGUGUGAUGUCGACGGCAAUCCUCGACCCAACAUAACAUGGCUUAUGGUUGGCAGCAGUCAUGUGGUCAGCACUGGACCCGAACUCAUGAUCCGAGACAUGAGUGCCGACAGAGAGGGCCGGUAUAUGUGUCGCGCGUCUGUCAAAGGAUUCCCAGAGAUUUCAGCACAAAGUCUCGUCUUUAUUAAAGGUCCGCCGCGUAUAAGACGUCCAUACGUUCAGUACGGUAUGGAUGGACAGGCAGUUAACGUGGAAUGCAUUAUAGACUCCAUUCCGACGCCGACCAAGAUUUUAUGGUUUCAUAAUUCACGGGUUUGUAUAACAUUGCUAUCCAUCGAUACAAAUGAUAAAUACUUACCGUUUUAUAACUGC